UCAUGAACCCAACCAGCGCACAAAGUGUGAACGGAGCACCACCACGACCCCAACCACAACCACAUCCCGACUGCUAACUCUGGCCAGCCCUAACCCCACUCCAUCUGCCACCAAAAAUCAACCCAAAAUAAUUUUUUUAAAAUAAAAUAAAAACCUAAAAUUUAAAAAAACCCUAACUUUUACCAACACGCAUUCAUCAUCUAAAUGAACCUAGAAAAUUGAGCUCACCCUCCAUCUCUCUCUAUUUUUCUCGUCUUUCUCUCUUCUCGUCGAACAGCCACGCCCAAGCUCGAUGCUGGCCAUUCUCGGUCCUCCAAGCUCGAAAUGAACCCAAAAAAAUUGAAACCCAAACUCUGACCUUCCACCCUCGAGCCCUUGCCUCUCUGUCUUUCUCCUUUUCUCCCUCUCAGAUGUGCAUGACAGUGAUGGUGGGUGGGGUUUCGUGUGAAGAAGAAGAAAAAAAAGACGAAGAAGACGAAGAAGAAUUGAAGGGCUCUAGGUCGAUUGGGAACUAGUCGAAGGGCUAGGUUGAAUGGCAGGGGACCGUGGACGGUGGUCGAAGGGGGUUAAUGGUGGUGGUGCUGGCUUGGGGUUGGGUUUCUGGCAUGAGAAGAAGAAGAAGACGAAAAAGGAAGAAGAAAAGAAAGAAAAAGAAAAAAUAAAGAAAAGAAAAAAAAAAAAUUAUUUUAAAAUUAUUUAUUUUUUAAAAUUAAAAUAAUAAUUUAGACCAAUAAUAUUUCGACACGUGACAAUUUUAAAAAAGUAAACAGUUCAGUUAAAAUUAGGACUAACGGACAAAUAAAAUAUAUGACAUUGGGGACUAUUACCGCUAUUUUUGAAAGUUGGGGAUUUAUCAGUAUCAAACUGAACUUUUUGGAAACUUUUACUGCAAAUUUUCCUAUUCAGGGUAAAAAGCUUUAGAAAAAAAAGUUUUAAUUUUUUUAUUAUUUUUAAUUAAUUUAUUUAUAUAAAUGUCAGAACUUUGGUCUUACCAAUAAUGAAUGAAUUGACAGUAGUUGUCUUGUCUCUCAUCCUGACCAUUAAUUACAUGGCCUGUCUGAUACCUACCUCCUCUCUCUCUCUCUCUAUACAUAUUAUAUGGUAUAGUGUAUUGUAGGUACUAUAUAGCUAUGGCGAGCUUGAACACAGUAGUGGCCACUUCAUCUCUUUUGUCAAACCCAUUUUGGGGUAAUAGUAAUACACAACAACCUCUCCCAAUCUCUGCUCUCACUCUCAAAUCUAAUUUUCAACCAAAGAAGCUCCAGGUGAAAGCAGGAGGGAGCAGUAUGGGAAGUCAUUUUCGGGUUACAACAUAUGGUGAAUCUCAUGGCGGAGGUGUUGGUUGUGUAAUUGAUGGAGUACCGCCUAGGCAGCCUCUUUCCCAAGCUGAUUUGCAAGCUGAUCUUGAUAGGAGGAGGCCAGAUCAAAGCCAAGUUGUAUCUCCUAGGAAAGAAACUGACAAGUGCAAAAUACUUUCCGGAGUUUAUGAAGGAAUGACUACUGGAACACCCAUUAAUAUAUUCAUACCUAACAUUGAUCCAAGAGAACAAGAUUACACUGAGAUGAUGGUAGCUUAUAGGCCUUCACAUGCAGAUGCAACAUAUGAUAUGAAGUAUGGAAUUAGAUCUGUUCAGGGGGGUGGCAGAGCUUCAGGAAGAGAAACUGUGGGGAGAGUUGCUGCUGGAGCAGUUGCCAAGAAAAUUCUCAAGCAAUUUUCAGGAAUUGAGGUUCUUGGUUAUGUUUCACAAGUUGGCAACAUUGUGCUUCCAAUGGAAUUGGUUGAUCACCAGACUAUGACACUUGAUCAGAUAGAGAGCAAUAUUGCUCGGUGUCCCAAUUCUGAAUAUGCUGAGAAGAUGAUUUCUGCCAUUGAAUAUGUUCGAGAGAGAGGAGAUUCAAUUGGAGGUGUGGUUUCGUGCUUUGUUAGGAAUUGUCCACAAGGGCUUGGGUCACCUGUUUUUGACAAACUUGAAGCUGAGCUUGCUAAAGCUCUCAUGUCCAUACCAUCAACAAAGGGAUUUGAAAUUGGAAGCGGCUUUGCGGGCACAUAUUUGACUGGAAGUGAACAUAAUGACGAGUUCUUUGUGGAUGAACAUAAUAGAAUCAGAACAAAGACAAAUCGAUCAGGUGGAAUACAGGGAGGAGUAUCCAAUGGAGAAAUCAUAAACAUGAGAGUUGCUGUCAAGCCAACUGCUACUAUUGCUAAAAAACAACUUACAGUGACACGAGAUAAAACAGAGACAGAGUUGAUCACUCGCGGUCGACAUGAUCCAUGUGUUGUCUCUAGAGCUGUGCCAGUGGUGGAGGCAAUGGUAGCUAUAGUGCUGGUGGAUCAAUUAAUGGCACAAUAUGCUCAGUGCAAUUUAUUUCCCCUAAAUCAGCAUCUCCAAGAGCCCCUCAACCUCAAGCCCAACUUCCCAAAUUAUGUUUACAAUCAAUAGUUAUUAUAAUUAAUUAAGCUGCACCCUUUGUUAUAACUUUCACAAAACAUCAGCCCAACCCUUUUUAAUUAAGUACAAAUAUGUAGAAUUUUAUACCCAUACUAGUACUUAAUGUUUUCUUUAGAUGACACAUGCUCCAAUCUAAGAAAAUGUUGUUGAGGUAACAUGUUCCAAGUAUUGCUUGCAUCUCUCAACAAUCUUCAAGAAUAGCUAUAGUAGCAUUUUGCGAGACGCUAGUUAAAAUGUUUAUUCUUGCUAUAGCCUUUCACAACAACUCUUAGACUUAGUCUUUUGAGAUUUUGAAAUAAGUUGCACUUUGCUUAUUUCUCUUAAUCUUUUAACAUACUAACGAGUAUGUGUGUUAAUGAGUUUCAAGCUCUUAAAGAACUCAUUAUCUACCCUUUCCAGCAAUACAAUUUCGAUAUGUUACACCCGAAAA